UUCUAGAACCCAAAAUUUUCACGCAUUUUGGGACGGAAGUUCAAACUACACUCUCUCCGGCAAGCUCCUCCGGCGAAGUCCUUCUCCGACGAGAUCCUCCGGUCAUAUACUUCCCGGAGAUUCCACAGCUGUGUGUGCAAGUUGAUUGUCCCUUGGUGCAGCACAAAGUUGGUGCUUGUUCCUGCUAUAAUGUUGUGUGAAUGAGUAGCUGAAGAAAGUCAGCUUGUUAUUGUGAUGUAAACAGACAUAAUUCUUGGAAAAGAUGGAUUCUACUUCCAAGAACUCUCCCUUUUGCUUAAAAUGGCCUUGGGAUGUUCAUAACCAAAAUCCAAAGAACCCUUUGCCUUGUACCUUUGAAACUCCUUGGCUAUUCAAACCAUUCAAGAAUCUUGGUAUUGGAGUGUUUAAUUUCGUUCAAAACAUAUCAAAACCCCAACCUUUAUCACCUGAAUUAAAUUUCCGGUCGAAUGGUGGAGUCAACCAAAAUAAUACCUUGAAGUUGGUGAAGAAGAAAUUGGCUCCUGCAGAGCAAGCAGAGGUCGAGCAGAGUGUGUUAGCGUGUGCCUUGGCCAGUGGAAAAGAGGGUACUGUUAUUGAAUUUUACUCCCCAAAGUGCCGGCUCUGCAAUUCCUUGGUUAAUUUCGUUAGUGAAGUUGAGAACAGGAAUUCUGACUGGCUCAACAUUGUUAUGGCUGAUGCAGAGAAUGACCAAUGGUUGCCUGAGCUUCUCCAUUAUGACAUAAAGUACGUUCCUUGCUUCGUUCUACUGGACAAAUAUGGGAGGGCACUUGCAAAGACGGGUGUUCCAAAUAGCCGACUGCAUGUUGUGGCUGGUAUUUCUCAUCUCCUCAAAAUGAGACGUUCACAACACAAAUAAUGUGUCUUUGGUUGAUAUAACAACAGAUAAGGGACGUAUGGAUUCUCGAAAAGAAAGGAGUCAUACCGAUAAGGGAAGGGACGUACGGAUUAUCAAGAAGAAAGGAGUCAUAUUGAUGAUUCCACGAAUCCCGUGAGUGAAUUAAAUUAAAUCUACAUUAGUUCUAACUCGAAUCGCCUCAUCUAUCCUUCUGAGAAGGAGUUUGGUUUCAAAUCCCGAUUUAAAGAGUAAACCAUGUUAAGAUUUACGCAAAUGUCCAUUUUAAAGCUACUAUUUUGAUUUUGUUCCUAUUUUUAUUUUUAUUUUUGUUUAUUUCAGUAUUUUGUUCAUAUUUUUAAAAGUAAUAAAGUUAUGCAAAUAUAGCCCUUGAGUUGUUGAGUAGGGGCGCAACUCGUAUA